AUGGAAUCCCAGGAGCCGACAGAGAGUGUCAACCCGGACCGGAACUUGGUCACUCUUCUUCAAUAUGUCGCCACGUCUUCAUCUCAGUCGAUCAUAGCAUACCAAGCGGGGCACGCCCCAGAAGAUUCCGUUCCAACAGCCGUUUCCUACUCAGAUCUGCUCUACAUGGCUCAUGCAAACGCUCAACUUCUUCAGCGGCUGUGUCCGCUACCCGAAAAAAACGCCGAAGAACGCCGUGUCGUCUUGCUCUGCCUCGACAAUAUCCUGGACUCCAUAGUCUGGUUCUGGUCGGCUGUUAUCGCGGGAAUCUUGCCGGCAAUCUCAACUGCGUCGAUUCUUGAGCCUGAUCGAUCAGACUACCUAUCUCAUCUACGUAUACUGUUGAAAGAUCCGUUAUGUAUUGUCCACCGGUCGCUCUCAGGUGCGAAUGGAUCGCGGGACUUUGCUGCGAGAUUGCCGGUUGAAAGGACAACUUCCCAAAGUCUCGCAGCGAUGAGUCGAUCGAUGUCUCCACUGCCACUGUCCAGCCAUUCCUCUCGGUUCGACCCGGCGGUUCUGAUGCUGACGUCGGGUACGACUGGCAAAGCCAAGGCGGUACAGCUCAGCCAUGGUCAGAUACUAGCUUCGUUAGCAGGCAAGGCCAAGUCUGGUAGAUCUCAUGGCGACGGUCCCUGCCUCAACUGGAUCGGCAUGGACCACGUGGCGUGCCUGACCGAGAUCCAUCUCUUCGCAAUGUAUAUGGGCCUCUCCCAAGUGCAUCUUCCAGCGGAAGAGGUGCUCUCCAGCCCUGUGCAGCUACUAAACAUGGUCAGCCGCCACCGGGCUUCGCGAACCUUUGCCCCUCAUUCUUUCUUGGCGAAGUUAUCCAGGGAGCUCGAGUCAGAGCAAACAUCUUCGUUAGGUGGAGAUCUAGAUCUCAGAUGCCUUCGAUGGCUUGGUUCCGGAGGAGAGGCAAACAUGGUAGAUGUCUGCGAGAGGCUCCAAACCCAACUCGAGAAGUACAGUGCGUGCAAAGAUAUCAUCGUCCCGGGGUUCGGAAUGACCGAGACUUGUGCUGGGUGCAUCUACAACACCAACUGCCCGACUUAUGAUCGAGAUCAAAACCACCAACAUGCUUCCGCUGGCGAGAGCAUCUCUGGACUACAGUUUCGAGUAAGACUCCGAGAUGGAAAGUCCUCGUCUGAAUUUGCAAAUACCGGCCAGGUUGGGCUUCUGGAACUCUCCGGCGACGUGGUAUUUGACAGGUACUACAAUGAUCGUGAAUCUACUGUGGCAUCUUUCACAGACGAUGACUGGUUCACUACUGGCGACCUCGCUUGCGUCAACCAAGACGGUCAAGUAAGCCUACAAGGACGGUCCAAGGACACGAUGAUUAUCAACGGGGCGAAGUAUUCCCCGAACGAACUAGAACGCCACCUCGAACGGGAGUUGAUCGAAGGCGCGGUACCAAACUCUUUCUGUUGCUUCUCAACUUUAGCCCAAUCAUCAGAUACUGAACAAAUCGUCGUCGCUUACUUACCCUCCAUUGAGGAAGAUGAUACCCGAAUCCAAACCAAGACCCGCAAUAGGAUAGUCGAUGUUGUCGGCAUACAUACGUCCUCGUCUGCCAUCGUUCUACCUCUGAAAGCCAUGGAUCUCAAGCCAUCGGCAUUCGGAAAGCUGCCAAGGGGCGCAAUCAAGACGGCUUUCGAGAAUGGCGCAUACAAUCAGGAACUGCGCAAAGCGAGCGAGGCCUACGCAGUGGAUCACGACGUCGCAGGAGGGACAACAUCCCCUCUUGAGGUGCUCGUUUGCCGCGUAGUUCAAGAGCAUUUUGAUGUUGUCAAAGAGCCACAUGUGGGCGUCCAGACAUCCAUACUCCUACUAGGUGCUACGUCCAUGGACCUCAUCAAGAUAGGACGUCUCAUCUCAAACCGACUUCAGUUAUGCGAAAGACUCACGCUCAGCCAAAUAUUGAGAAACCCAACGCCUCGGCGCCUGGCUGCGGUGAUUGAAGGAUUUGGGAAGAAAGAUGGGGCAGGAAGUCUGGUCGUCACUCUCCGGUCUGACGGCAGACAGACGCCGCUGUGGCUCGUACAUCCCGGUGUCGGAGAGAUCCUUGUCUUCAUGAAUAUUGUGAGGCUCAUCGACGACCGGCGAGUCUAUGCUUUCCGCGCGGAGGGUCUUGAUAGCGGCGUUUCGCCUUUUGCUUCCCUGGAUGAGUUGCUGGAUUGCUACUUCAAUCACCUCAAAGCGGUCCAGCCAACGGGUCCCUACGCCAUUGCAGGAUACUCAUUUGGCUCUAUGAUUGCUUUCGAAUUGUGUAAGAGACUAGAGGCAGCAGGCAAUGUGGUUAUCUACUGCGGUUGCUGGAAUCUUCCGCCACACAUUAAGCAUCGCAUGAGGCAGCUCGGCUGGGUAGAAUGUCUUGCCAACCUAUUUCACUUCACGGAGCUCAUGGGACAGGGUCAAGCUAUGCAUCAAAUACCUCUAUUGCGCCAAAUUCCAAAACAAGAAGCAGUAGCGCACCUCCGAGCCCUCAGCGACUCAGCUCGUUGGGUCGAGUUAGGCCUUAGCGAAGACGAGUAUGUGAGGUGGGCAGAUUUGGCAUCUUCACUACAGCGCCUGGCACAGGACUACGAGCCACGGGGAAGAGUCCGCAGCAUGGAUGUGUUCGUCGCAGAUCCUCUCAAGGAGGUUGCUGUUGACCGUGAGGAUUGGGUUAAGAACAAGCUGAGCCGGUGGCGAGAGUUUGCGGAUGACGUGCAGUUCCAUGAUGUUCCGGGCGAGCAUUACUCCAUGUUGGACGAGAUCAACGUUUCACAGUUCGCCCGCAAGCUGAAAGAUAUCUUGGAGGCACGAGAAGGCAGGAUCCGUCAUGUUUCCUCUGCAGCUCCUCGGUUCGGACCAGCGCAUAAUACCUAA